AUGUCAUUCGGCAAGAUUCUGACUGUCUUUGCCUUCGCCGCUUCAAAGUUUCAAACGGUUCAGUCUUUGAGCGCAUAUGGCGUCAACACGGACCCGAUUUUGGCCAAUGGACAAUCCUUUGAUUACAUCGUCGUGGGUGGAGGCUUAGCAGGAACCACGGUAGCUGCCAGGCUUGCGGAGAACUCUGAAGUCACGGUAUUACUCGUUGAAGCAGGCUCUGACAAUCGAACGGAUGAAAUUGUAUAUGAUAUUUACGCGUACAGCCAAGCAUUUGGGACAGACUUAGACUGGGCAUGGCCAACAGACCAAGGCAAGACUAUGAGAGGUGGAAAAACACUCGGGGGGAGCACUUCCAUCAACGGUGCACACUACACUCGGGGUAUGCAGGCUCAAUAUGAUGCUUGGACAACACUUCUGGAAACAUCCGACGUUGACGCUGGUUGGAACUGGGAAGGAAUUUUUGGGUACAUGCAAAAGUCUGAGGCAUUUUCCUCGCCUAACAGUCAGCAAGCUGCAAAGGGCGCCGAAAGCGUUGCGGAUUAUCAUGGACUUUCCGGACCUGUGCAAGUCACUUAUCCCGAUGCUAUGUAUGGUGGUCCCGAGCAACCUGAUUUCAUUAAUUCCAUCGUCAAUCUUACAGGCAUCGAACAUUGCCCCGACGUGAAUGGUGGUGCAAGCAAUUGCGUCUCGAUGACACCCCUGACCAUCGACUGGCAUGAUAGUGAUCACCGUUCAUCUUCGUGUCAAGCAUAUCUUACUCCCGUGGAGAGUCAGCGCACAAACUGGUUAACGUUGACUGAGCAUCUUGUAACUCGAAUUAUUUGGUCGAACACAGAAAACGUACCUCUCACCGCCUCGGGCAUCGAAUUUGCACCAUCUAGUGGUGGAAGUACGCGGUAUGCUGCUACAGCUCUCAAGGAAAUAAUCGUCGCAGCCGGUGCAAUCCAGUCACCCGCCUUACUCCAAUUAUCCGGAAUUGGGGAUUCGAGUUUACUUAACUCGCUGGACAUUGGUACCAAUUUGGAUAUGAAAGGUGUCGGCCGAAACCUCCAAGAACAGACAAUGAAUUCCCUCGGCGCUGGCGGCAAUUUUGACUACGGUGGUGAAGGGCCCUCGGAUUGCAUUGCCUAUCCCAAUAUCUACCAAGUCUUUGGAUGGAAUGAAACCGCGCUGCAGGUAGCCGUGGAUCAGUUGAACGAUAGCAGUGUUAGGAGCAGUUGGGCGGCGAGUCAAUCUGCAUCGGCGGAUAGUCAAGCGGCGCUAGAAAAAAUUUAUGAGGUGCAAGCUGGGUUGAUCCUGAAUGGGAAUGCACCCAUUGUGGAACUUUUCUAUGAUACAGGUUUUCCCGAUGACAUUGGUAUCGACUUGUGGCAGUUGCUUCCUUUCAGUCGAGGGAACGUCAGCAUUACCACUACCGAUCCGUUCACCAGACCAGCAGUGAACGUAAAUUACUUUGGGGUUGGCUGGGACCUGGAUGUACAAAUUGCUAGUGCGAGGUUAGCACGUAGAAUCAUUGCUAGUCCGCCACUAAGCUCCCUUUCCACCGGCGAAACCGUUCCCGGAACUCGAGUUGUUCCUAACACCAAUGGCAAUUUUGGUUCAGACCAAGAUUGGAAAUCAUGGAUUUUGGAUCCUAGUGCUGGCUUCGCGGCAGUAAAUCAUGCGAUAGGCACUGCGCCAAUGAUGAGGCAGGAACUGGGUGGUGUCGUUGACGCACAGUUAAAAAUUUAUAACACGACCAAUGUUCGUGUCGUUGAUGCAUCAAUUUUGCCGAUGCAAAUAAGUGCGCAUCUGAGUGCAACUUUGUACGGUGUUGCCGAGAAGGCUGCGGAUAUCAUCAAAGCAUCGAAUUGA